UAUAUAAAUCUUGGCAAGCACCAAAGAGCAAAGGACAUUCAUGGCAGUUAGAGUCAAGGAUUAAACAAAAAGCCAAAUGCCAACUUCAUAAGCAGUGAGGGAAAUUAUCUCAGUCUGCUGAGAAUCUGGGAAAAAGUGCGGUCCUCCUCUUGUCCAGAGGCGGUUCAUGAAACACCCUCACUCCUGUCAUUGAUUGCUGGAAGCCAAACCCGGCACAGAGCGUGGUCCCUGCAGCAAUGACCUCCCAGCUGCAGUGGGUGAGAUGGCUCUGCUCUGCUCUCCUGGGCUACCUGAGCUGCUGCUGCGCUCCGCAGGCUGAGGCACAGUUCCCCCGUGUCUGCAUGACAGUAGAGGCGCUGCUGGCCAAGCGCUGCUGCCCAGCCUUGGGGCAAGAGCCAGGCAAUGUGUGUGGCUCCCAGCAGGGCAGGGGAUCAUGCAGGGAGGUGCAGGUGGACACCAGGCCAUGGAGCGGCCCGUACACCCUCCGCAACGUGGAUGACCGGGAACGAUGGCCCCUGAAGUUCUUCAAUCAGAGCUGCCAGUGCACAGGAAACUUUGCUGGCUAUAACUGUGGUGACUGCAAGUUUGGCUGGACUGGCCCCAACUGCGAUGAAAGGAAGCCACUUCUUGUCCGGAAAAAUGUCCAUGCGUUGACUGCAGCGGAGAAAGAGCAGUUCUUAGAUGCUUUAGACCGUGCAAAGAAUACCACUCACCCAGACUAUGUGAUUGCUACACAGCACUGGCUGAGUCUCCUUGGGCCCAAUGGAACUGAACCACAAGUUACAAACUGCAGUAUUUAUAACUGCUUUGUGUGGCUUCAUUACUACUCAGUCAGGGACACCCUAUUAGGACCUGACCGCCCAUUCACCGCUAUAGAUUUCUCCCACCAAGGACCUGCCUUUGUUACUUGGCAUAGGUACCAUUUGCUGCUGCUGGAAAGAGAUCUCCAGAGACUGAUUGGCAAUGAAUCCUUUGCAUUGCCCUAUUGGAAUUUUGCCACAGGUAGAAAUGAGUGCGAUGUGUGCACAGAUCAGCUUUUUGGAGCAUCAAGACCAGAAGAUCCAAGCCUAAUAAGUCAGAAUUCAAGGUUCUCACGCUGGGCAAUAGUGUGCAAUAGCUUGGAUGAUUACAACCGUCUGGUUACACUGUGUAAUGGGACUAAUGAAGGGAUUCUACGGAGGAACCCACAAGGGAAGUCUGGCGAGCAGCUGCCAACCAUGGAAGAUAUCCAGAACUGCCUUUCACUUCAAGAGUUUGAUAAUCCUCCUUUUUUCCGGAAUUCUAAUUUCAGCUUCAGGAAUUCCCUGGAAGGGUUUGGUAAACCAGAUGGAACUUUUGUCUCCCCAGUGGUGAGCCUGCAUAACUUGGUUCACUCUUUCCUGAAUGGAACCAGCGCUUCCCCUCAUGCUGCAGCCAAUGAUCCAAUUUUUGUGGUCCUUCAUUCUUUUACGGAUGCCAUCUUUGAUGAGUGGAUGAAACAAUUUAACCCCUCUGACAAUGCUUGGCCUCUGGAGCUGGCCCCUAUUGGGCACAACAGGAUGUUCAACAUGGUCCCUUUCUUCCCUCCUGUGACCAACGCUCAACUCUUUCGAGCUGCAGAACAACUUGGCUACAGCUAUGCCAUUGACCUGCCAGAUUCACUUGAAGAAACACAUGCUUGGGCUAUUACGGUUGGAUCCACUAUUGGAGGAGCACUGAUAGCUUCAGUUGUACUAAUUAUGCUGCUUGCACUCUUUCAGCACAGAAGAAACAGAAAAGGUUUUGAACCACUGAUGAAUGCAAGAUUCAGCAAAAAAAAUUAUACAGAAGAGGCCUAGUGCUGUAGCAUUGCGUCAUCAGAUUUACCUGUAGGAAACUAACCUGAUUAGUUGUUCAACUCUUAGCCAAGUGCUGAACUAACAACUUGACCCACGUUCCUUUGCUAGACAGCUAGCUACAUUGUUCUCAUCUCAGUGGACCUGUACUUUUCCUGUCAUUUGGGAUCAUCAGUCUCAUGUCUUCAAACAUUUUGAAACAACAUACGAGAUACAUGUACAGC